UUGACAUUAUUGACAGUUCGGUGUGGUGUACAGUAACAUUUCUUGUUUUAUUAUAAAAACCACUAUAUCUCAAAAACUAUGUAAAUAAACCUUGAGACAGCAUGGAUAACUCAUAUUGUCGAUUUUGUGCUGAACCUAAAACCUCGGAAAAGUUAUUCAAUCUCCAAUCGGACGGCCGCAAAUACGACGAAGUAUCGCUGAAACUUGCAUUUCUAAAUGCUGUUUAUGUAGAUGUUUCCAAUGGUGACAUGCUUCCUAAAACCGUCUGUUUUGUGUGUUACGAGUCUCUGAACAAAGCUUAUGACUUUCUGGAAAAAGUCAAACGAGCCCAAGAUGUCUUGACUAACUUAUUUAUGUCAACUGAACCUAACAAAUGCGAAUUUUCUGAUGACGACCGUAUAUCAGAUAUAGAUGAUUUUUUGGCCUCAAACGACAAUCCUGAAGUGAAAUUAGAAGACGCUGCAGUUAAAGUAGACUACAACAAUGUCGACAUCAGCAUUGAGGUAAAAAAGGAGCCAAAAGAAGAAAUUGAAACUUUAAAUCAAACAAUACAUGUUCAGGAUAUUUUGGAUGCAGCAUUGCAUGUUCCAUUCACGCCUGAAAUGACUAUUUAUGCUAAAGAGUUGACAGAUAUAAGUAAAAGGUCCAUUAAGAGUUGGAAAUUUUAUCCUUGGGUAUGUUCAUACUGUAGCAUAGAGUUCCUAAGCAUAGACAUGUUGAGAUCACAUGCUAAAAUCGUACAUGGAAAGUGUUCAGCAUUUCUCUGUAUUGACUGCAAAGUUGGUAGAAAAGAGGACUUUACAGCAUUCAUAAAACAUGUGAAAAAACAUAGGAAAUCUUUAAGAAAUUACUGCUACUACUGUGAUAAACACCUAACAGAAGCAGAGAACCUCACAUUACACCUAAAAGAACACUUUGAAAAAUCACAGACUCCAUGCCGAUUGUGCGGAGAAAUAUUUAAUGAUGAAGAGGCACUCAAGAUACAUCUCCAAGAUUAUGCAUCUUCUAAACCAAAACGAAGACCUCGUAGAAAACCAGGCACUCCUAUAACAAUAGAAGAUUUGACUUGUAAACUUUGUAAAAAGGUAUAUAAGAAUCCAAAUAGUUUGAGAGAUCAUAUGAAAUUGCAUACAAUUGAUAGGAAGAGGAAUUACACAUGUGACCGCUGUGGUAAAAUGUUCUACAAUAAAGGCACACUUACAUCUCACAUAAUGUCCCAUGACAAGAUACGUCCACAUGCUUGUAGGAUAUGCAACAAAAGUUUUCUGUUUCCAAAUAUGCUGAGAAGACAUGUUGAAAUGCAUUCGGGGAUUAAACCAUUCUCAUGCGAACAGUGUGGAAGAUGUUUCAGGCUUCAGUACCAACUGAAUGCUCAUAAGAUAGUUCACACAGAUUCAAUGCCAUAUGUUUGCCAAUAUUGCAACAAAGCUUUUCGUUUCAAGCAAAUAUUAAAAAAUCAUGAAAGACAACAUACAGGGGCAAAGCCUUAUGCAUGUCAGCACUGUGGAAUGGAAUUUACUAAUUGGUCAAAUUACAACAAACACAUGAAACGAAGGCAUGGAAUGGAUACUUCGAAAAAGAAAAUCACUCCAGAGGGAGUAUUUCCAGUUAAUCCAGAAACAGGUCAAAUAGUUCAAGUCCAGGAUCCUGCAGGCACUGAAGAGUGGAAAAGCAAGAUUAUGGUACCAGGGAAAAGAGGGAAAAAGAAAAAGAUAAUAAAACAGGAAGAAGUCUCAUAAUACUGCAUACAGGGCUGGCCUUAGCUUUUUUUUUCUGGUGACUAUUUUUGUUUUUUUAAGUCCCAAUUGUGUCCCUCUAGAGCCUUUGGGGUUGUCUUCUAAAGACCCGGCGCCCUGGGCGAAGCCAAAGCCGGCACCGACUGCAGAGUUUGCUGUUUGUCUAUUGCGUCAUAAUGAGUGUUUGUGGAAAUUGAAUUUAGACAAUGUAUUUAAAUUAUUGCAUAAAAACACUAUUUUGUCCCUAUGAAUUCGAAAUAAGCCAUAACAUGGAAUAUUGUUCUGCAAAUUUUCUGUAAAUGGUUCAAACCUUAAAUUUUUCUUUUUUACAAUCCAAUUCUAUGGAUAUUGAUUUUACAGAACUCAAGGAAUGAAAACCUGUGUGGAAUGGAAAUGUUGUUUAUAAUAUAGUACAUACUACUUUCAAUAUUCAAUUUUCAUUUUCUUAUAUUUUCUGAGUAGAUCACAAUACAGUUACUAUCUUUCGACUCAUAAACUAAGACCUACAAUAAUAAUUGAUAUAUGUAAGAACUGAAAACAUUUUCCAUUUCUAAUUAAGUUUAUUCUUAAGUUGCACAUAUUAGAUUUAGGGGAAAUAAUUACAAAAAUGUAUUAGAUAUUUUAUUUUAUUACAUAAAAAUGCAAGUACAUAAUAAAGUUUUGAAAGCAAUGUUAAA